AAUAUCAUCAUUACCACUCAAGCAUUAUAUUUACUUACGGCGAAAUUAGUGGUAUGAGAGAACUACCACUGCUACUACUGUUCUGUGCUACUACUACGAGCGAUCCGUACAGCAUUCACCGUCCGACUUUUCUUUUCCACCGCCAAAGGUUUUGUAUGUACUACGUGCUUUCGCAUGUAGACGACGUCCGUCGGUGAGUGCCGGUGGCGGUGUUCUUUCUUGAGGAGCUCCCCGUGUGACGCGAGCGGUGAGUGCUCGACCUCGUGCUGCUGCAUCAUGACUGCGCCGGGUAUAUUGGGCCAAGUGGCCACUUACUUGGGGUCCUCUGAAGCAGCGUUCCGGCUUCUUCUCACCAUCCUGUCAGGCUACCCGCUGGCACUGAUACACCGGAAUUUCCUGCUGGGCAAGAGUCCCAAUGCACAGCACUUCUACUUUGCUGCGUGUGGCCUGGUGCUCUGCUGCUUCAACUAUGGUGUCGCAGUGUACCACUCCUUGCUCAACAUUCUGAUAGUCUAUGCUGUGCUCAAACUGGUCGGUGGCACACGCUCUUCAGUCGCCUUCAGCUUCAUCUUCUGCAUGGGCUACCUGGUUCUGGGCUACUACUACACAGCCACCAAGGACUACGACAUUACAUGGACCAUGCCUCACUGCAUCCUCUCGCUACGGCUCAUCGGCCUGGUGUUUGACGUCUAUGACGGCAAAAAGAACCUUCCGCCUCAGGGAGGUCAACAGGAAACGCUGCCGCAUGACCAGAAGCGCACUGCCCUCGCCAACGUGCCGACCUUUCUGGAGGUCAUGGGGCACUCCUACUUCUUUGGCGGGUUCCUCGUCGGCCCACAGUUCCCCAUGAAGCGCUACCUGGACUUCACCCAGGGCCACUUCUUUCAUGGGAAGGCUGUCAAGCCCCCCUGCAUUGUACCUGCCCUGUCUCGGCUGGCUCUGGGCAUGGGCUGCCUGCUGUUCAGCCUGAUUGGCUCGGGAUACCUGGAUGAGAAGUUCCUGCUCUCUGACCAGUUUGCGGCCCACAGUCCAGCCAUGCGGCUCAUACUCAUGGGGAUGUGGCAGGUGGUCACAUUGCACAAGUAUGUUGCCUGCUGGCUACUUGCGGAAGGCAGUUGCAUCAUGGCGGGCUUGACAUACAAUGGCAGAGACGAGAAUGGCAAUGACCUCUGGAAUGGCUGCGUCAACAUCUCUGUCUGGCGUUACGAAAUGGCCACCACAUUCGACGACCUGAUUAAGUCAUUCAACAUCAACACCAACCUAUGGGUUGCACAGUACGUGUUCAAGCGUCUGCGCUUCCUUGGCAACAAGCAGCUGUCUCAACUGAGUGCCUUGUUUUUCCUGGCACUGUGGCACGGUCUGCAUUCGGGCUACUAUGUCUGCUUCUUCAAUGAGUUCAUUGUGAUGAAGUUUGAGCGGGAUGCCCUGGAGGUGAUUGAGCGGCUGCCGCGCCUCAAGCAGCUCAUCUACCAUCCCUACCUGCGGCUGCCUCGCUUCCUUCUUCUCAAGGUCUACGUGCUUGUCAUGUUUGGAUACUGCAUCGUGCCCUUUGUGCUGCUGUCGCACCAGCGGUACAUUGAGGCAUACACCCGUGUGUAUUGGAUUGGACACAUUAUCUACUUGAGCUGGAUACCCCUGUCGAUGGUUGUAAUGAAGGCUCUACCCAAGCCAUCUCAAGCACCUGCCAAGAAAGAAAACUAACGGACUCGCUCGGUGGCCAGGCUUUUUCAGGAAGGCAAAAUGGGAGCCUGUGGAUUCGUAUUGGAGCCACUAAUUCCAAAUAUGAUGUGUUUGAUCAUACAAUUGCUGUGGGCAAUUGGCAAGUCUUGACACAGCUCGUACCUGAACUGUGUGCCAGUGCUGUGGAUUAGUGGGCUGCGAGCUGUUUUGUCCAGUUGUUGGGUUCAGAUGGGACUGAAACAAAUAACACAUUAAUGCCAAGCAUUAAGUAGCCAGGUGCCUCGUUAUGGCUGCAGUGUGAACGAAUCGACGUUGCUAUGCAUUCAUUCCCAUCUGUGCUUAAUGGCACGUUGAGGUGUGGUUGUGCAUAGCAUUGCUUUUUCCUAUAGAGUGCCUUGGUUUGUGUCCUUCCACUUUCAAGGAUGGUCACGUGGACCAAAUUGCUCGUCUCAUUUCAGGCCUUUGGAUUGAGCUCCAAGUUAAUUGUUCUCUGUUAUGGCUAAGGUUUCUUUUGCAGUUGCUACUUUUUUGUUCUCUGGUUCGGUGAAAAUAUGUACAUACAUGUCAGCUACUUAAAUCUUUUCUAUCAGCUUUGUGUGGAUGCGCUAUUUUAGGAAGUGUUUCAACUUUCGCUCAGCUCUAAGCAUCCAGAGUCAAGCUGAACUAUUGCUCUUGCAGUGCACCUCUUCUUCUUAAAAGUACUGUAAAUAGUAGAAUAAUAAAAAAAGGAUUUCACUGUUUGUUGUAAUCUCCAGUCUUUUGGCUCGGAAUGUCGGUCUCUUGUUGGGAAGUCCAGUAGCAAAUGGUUCCUUUUUAUGUUUCGUAUAGAAGCCUUGUGUACUGAUGGGUGCAGCUAUAGUUCAUCCUCAUCUUUUGAGGGGUUGAAUGCACUGUGAUAGCAGCAGCUUUUUGUUGCCUUGACUAGGUGAAUUUUGCCUUCUCAAUCUAUACUGUUGUUGCAAUAGUAAUCACAAAAAAAGCACACCAUCUCAUAGUGGCCUGUGCACAGUAAUUGAGCUCUAAAACAGUGUUUUCCACAAGCCGCCGUGGAAGAGAAACUUCCAAAGCACACGCACAUUGUUUACUGGAUUUAAGCCACCCAAGUGUCGUGAAGACCUUUGCAUCGAGACUGGCCAUUGCCUGCCAUGGGGAGACCAACUCUGUGCUGACAUGUGCCAGUAGCAUUGCUGUACUUGAUGGCACUUUUUCGCACCUAACAUGCAAAGCUUGCUCUUGGCUGCCAUCACACCUGGUAGCUUGGCAGUGAUGUGUGAUCUUUUAGCUGAUUUUUCUCUACGAAAAAGGAAUGCUGAUGAUCGCUAAACUUUUCAGUUACACCAAAGUGAGCUAAAACGCCACCUGCAACUUGCAUCUGAAUACUUUUAAGUCUUACCCUAUAGCAGCUUUUUUCCCCUCUCCUUUAGAGUCUGUGCAUUGAGAUAGGCCUCUUUAGCUGGUGCUGGUUUAGAUAUUUAAGCUGAAAAAAAAAUAUGUAGUCAGUUUCAAUCUGAAGCAGUCAUAUCCAUAUGAAAACUUUCGUAAUGUGAAGCAUUGCCCUGCUUUUUUCAGGGCUCAUUUUGUGCAGUCUAGCCUGACAUUUGCCAGGACAAAGUAAUAGCCUGUUGUGAAUUUGUGCAUAGUACACAGAGGGAUGGCAGGCCACAAUCAUACACUGGCAAACCUUUGAGGUCUCUGCAGAUGACGUGUGCAAAGGCAUUCAGUUUGAAAAAUACACCAAUUCAGCACUAGGCAUGGCAUGAUUUCAAACUGUACUGAGACUGGCUGUGUUCUUUUUAGUAGAGACUGUGUCUUUUUCUUUUUCUAUCACCACUUCUUCCUUUCAUCAUUCUCUGGUGUGUCUUAAUCCUUUUGCUGUGGGCACAGGUAGCAGCAUCGACGUAUGUGCAAUACUGGUAGCACUAUGCGUGUACAUACAUGUGGUGUCCAUAUAUGUGAACAGCAGCCCAGCUAGUGCACUGCUGGAAUAUGCUGAAGGCCUUUCUGACUGUUAGGUUCUAUAGCAGUGAUACUGAUGUAGUUGAUUUCCCAGAGUUAUAUUCCUUCUCACAUGCAGUAUUACAAUGCAUACAUGAAGGUGCCUUAAUAAAGUUUUCUUUUGACUUGUGUA